UUUUCAACGGAAGCAGAAAGAGUAAUCAUCAUAAACGUGACAAAGUAACAACAGUCCAAUGACGUAGAUCUCAGCCCCCUUUCUGUGUAACAAAUUAAAGGCUGACUAGAAGUUUCAGCACUGCUCUUAUUACACUUUUACUCUACCCUGAUUGAACCACUACUCUCACCUGGACCACAAACACAGAGGGUCAACUGAUGGAAAGACAGCCAAGUCACUUAGAGAGGGAUGAACUUUGAAAACGACUGCAGAUUUAAACGAAAACUAACUAAAAGGGGAAACUGCAAUACUUUGUCUCACCAAGGACUUCAGGACAAGCAAGCAGAACAAAGCACACUGGGAACCUCUGAAGGACUGUUGUGAGAUUCUGUGAAGGACAGCUAUACUACACAUAGUCUGGAGAUGAGAAUGAUGCUAUAAGUGCAUCUUAACCACUCAUCUGUCACAAUGGCAAGCUCUGUUUAUCUCUGCCUGUUGAGGGCAGUUUUCCUGGUGUGUUUUGUUAACCCUUUAAUCCAAGGACUAAGUGAAGAUGAAAGUGUGUUCCAGAAUCCUCAUCAUCAACAGGAAGAGAAUCUCACUGGGCUCCCAAUUGUUACAUUUAAAUGGCAUCAUGUUGAGACCCCAUACCUGGUGAUAAUUUGGGUAUUUGUGGCUGGAUUGGCAAAACUGUCAGUGGUUGAACUAAACCAUCAUGUCAUCAGUGUGGUCCCAGAGAGUGGUCUGCUCAUCAUCCUGGGCUUUAUUUUGGGAGGAAUUGUCUGGGGAGCAGACAGGGCACAGACUUUUAAACUGCUUCCUCCCACUUUUUUCUACUACUUGUUGCCCCAGAUCAUCUUGGAUGCAAGUUACUUUAUGCCCAACAAGCUAUUUUUCAGCAACCUGGGUGCCAUUCUCAUUUACGCCAUCUUCGGAACGUGCUGGAAUGCAGCUACAGUGGGCCUCUCGCUUUGGGGCUGCUAUGAGGCUGGAGUGAUGGGUAACUUGGACAUUGGUCUCCUGCAGUUUCUAUUGUUUGGCAGUUUAAUCGCCGCGGUGGAUCCGGUGGCCGUGAUUGCUGUGUUUGAAGAAGUGCAUGUGAAUGAGGUGCUCUUUAUCCUGGUGUUUGGAGAGUCGUUGCUCAAUGAUGGUGUCACAGUGGUGCUUUACAACGUGUUUGAUGCUUUUGUUGCUCUUGGUGGCCCAAGGAUUGACGCCGCAGAGAUUUUUAAGGGCAUAUGUAUAAAAACUCUACCACUCAUACAUAAUGAUCAACAUAUCAAUAUACAUUUAUUUAACUACCAGAUUAAUUUAUUUCGCUUUCCACCUCUUACAGUUUCAUUUGUUGUGGUGGCAUUUGGAGGCUCGUUUCUCGGCAUUGGGUUUGCCAUCCUGCUGUCGUUGCUGACUAGGUGCACCAAACACAUUCAGAUCAUCGAAGCCGGCUUUGUCUUUGUGGUGGGCUACCUGGCUUACCUGACAGCAGAAAUGCUCUCCCUCUCUGCAAUACUUUCAAUCACUUUCUGCGGUAUAUGCUGUCAGAAAUAUGUGAACGCCAACAUGGAUGAGAAAUCAGUCACAACGGUUCGUCAUGCCAUGAAGUUGCUUGCCAACGGCUCAGAAACCAUGAUCUUUUUAUUCUUGGGUGUUACAGCCAUUGAUACAGAGAUCUGGGUUUGGAACACAGGUUUCAUCCUCCUCACCCUCCUCUUCGUCUUUAUAUACAGGAUCAUAGGUACUUUCUUGUUCACCUGGAUGUUGAACAAGUUCAGAUUGGUUCCCAUCGAGGUCAUUGACCAGGUUGUAAUGAGCUACGGUGGCCUGCGGGGGGCAGUGGCGUAUGGAUUAGCAGCCCUGUUAGACGAAGACAAGAUCCCAGAGAAGAAUCUGAUGAUUAGUACCACGCUCAUUGUGGUGUAUUUCACUGUCAUUCUUCAGGGAAUCACAAUGAAGCCAUUGGUUCAGUGGCUCAAGGUCAAAAGAGCAGCUCAUUCAGACUUAAAACUUAUUGAGAAACUAAACAAUAGGGCAUUUGACCACAUUCUAGCAGCAGUGGAGGACAUUUGUGGACGUAUAGGAGAUAAUUGGUGGACCAGAGGCUGGAACAGGUUUGAGGAAAAUUAUAUCAGCUGGUUAUUGAUGAAACCUAAGGCCAGAAAGAACAGAGACUACCUAUUUAGUAUCUUCCACAAACUCAAUCUGGAGGACGCUAUUAACUACGUCAGUGAGGGUGAACGCCAAGGUUCUCUGGCCUUCAGUCGUAGUGAUGAAGCAGCCAACGUAGAUUUCAAAAAACAAUUUGGCUCAGAAUUUGCAGAUGUGAUGCCUAAUAUAAUGGUUGAUAUGUCAAAUUACGAGCUUGGAAUCGAACAUUUUUCAGUAACCUCCAUUGUAAAAGACACAAUUCCCUCUGUAUCCCUGGACAUCCAUGGGCAAGACAGGAAGAAUGCGAUGGAUGACAUCAAUGCCCAUCAUCUUCUACAGCAGCACCUGUACAGGAGCAGAAAGCAUCACCGUCACAAAUACAGUCGCAGUCACUUCAGCAUCAACCAGAAUGAGGACGAGGUGCAGGAGAUCUUUCAGAGGACCAUGAGGAGCCGCCUCGAGUCCUUCAAAUCAACUAAGAUGGGUGUCAAUCCUGCCAAAAAGAUCACAAAGCACCACAAGAAGGAGCUAACACAUAAGAUGCCUAAUGGACACCCAGAUGGCACAGGCCACCUAUACGGAGAUGAAGUUGACAUUGCUGUGGGGAGCGAGACUGGUGCUAUCAAUAGCACUUUCAUGAGAGACACGUAUACAGUGGGAGCUGGCAUAGAGAAUCCCGUAUUCUUGCCAGAUAUGGACAGUCCCACUCACAGCCCUCCUUGGCUAAUGGAGACGGAGGCUGUCGCACCUUCCCAGAGGGCCCAGCGGCGCCUGCCCUGGACACCCAACAGACUCCGGCGUCUUGCACCCAUGAGGAUCAGCACCUGCUCCACAGACUCCUUCCUCAUGGCUGAUGUUUCUUUAACUCUGGAAGAACAUGAGGAACAUUCUCAAACAGACCAUGUAGAAAUGCGACCAGUCUUUGACUAAGACAAUAAUGCAGCGUGUCACAAAGCACAACCGCAGUCACAGAAGUGCCUGUCUACAGAUUUCAGUCCAAAAAAAAAAAAAAACACACACAAAAAAAAAAAAAAAAAACAAGGUGGAACUGGAGAAUAGCUGCAGGUAACCCCACUGAAACUGCCAAAUGCCAAUGAAAUCACAUGGACCAAAAUCUCAUUGAUGUUCCCAUGGAUGAAUCCAUUUAGAGCAACAUGUGCAAUUGAGGGCAUACAGCAGUAGAAAAAGAAAAACAAAUCCUUUCAAAAGGUUUCCUAGUGAUGCACUUGCCUUUUCCAAUUUGUGUACGAUAUUAUCAAUUGAAACACCUUGUGAAAUGGUUUGUCAAAAACUGUAUCCUAUAUGUGCUGUCAUAUUUCCAAUUUAAAAAGGAAGCUAAUAGCCAAUAACCUUCCGUUUACAUCACAGCCAUGAACAUUAUUUGCUACUUGCUAUCUCUAGUCAGUUUUAAAAUGCUGAAAAGUUUUUUUUUUUGGUCAACUUUUGAAGUAAACUAGACUAUAGAUGGUCUCAAAUCGUAUAGACAUGAACUAUACGCCUCCUAUAAUUUUAUUCUCUAAAAAACGGCUGAGAAUGUGUUUUGUGCAAUAAUGCUUUGUUUCUGCCACGGAAUCAGAAAAUAAAAAAGGUAAUUGCAAUUACUUUUUCCCCACUGCCUGAGAAGUAUUUCUCAGAAAUGUGAGAUAUAAAUUAUUUUUUGUUCUCACAAUUCUGACUUUUUUUUUUCUCAGAAUUGAGAGUUUACAUCUCACAAUUCUGAAAUAUAAACUCAGAACUGUGAGAGAGAAAAAAAUAGUCACAAUUACCUUUGAAAAUUUUUAUUCUGUAGUGGAAACAGCUUCCAAUAUAAUAUAGCGGGGGCAAAGCCAUGUAGUCUCUUACAAGAUAGAGUUUGUAGUUGAAUUUUGUAAUGGCACUUUAACAGUGACGUCACCUCUACUAGGCACAUUCUUCCCUGCACUGCAAUAUGGAACUAAAUUAAUAAGGAAGUAUCAAGUAAAUUUUUAUAUAAAGUGAGUUAUUCACUUACUUAGAAUUCAGCGGUGAUGUUAGUAUUUUAAUCUAUUUGUGAGUGAAUUGAGGUGUUAACUGUUACAAACUAAGGAAAAGGUCAUAUUUUAAAUCAAUGGGUUGUAUCUUGUCAUUCAAAUAAUGUAUUUAUUGGGGCAUUGUUCUUUUCUUUAUGGGAUUAUAAAAUGUUUAUCAACAUUUCUAUUUAUCUAAUCUUGUUAGCCGUUCUCACUUCACGCUUCUACAUUAGUACAAUUAAGAUGGCUAUUAUUUUCAUUUAUGAGUGGA